UCAGCCAUCCUCCUGUCUUGGCCUCCUAAAGUGCUGGAAUCACAGGCAUGAGCCACUGUGCUCGCCCUGAAUUAAGAAUGUUGUUAGGAAACAAGAGGUCCCAGGGUGGGGCAAAAACUACUCAGGAGCUGCAGAUUUGUCUGUCUGCCAGGGGACGGUACUCCUUAGCCCAGCUGAUUGGAUCUGUUCAGCCUGUAGCAGAGUGCCUGAGAGGGGAGUGCUUGGCUCUGCCUGUGUUUAGGGCCGCCCAGCCAGCCCGCCAUGCAGUUGGAAGACUGCAGCUGAUGCAUUUGGCAGCUGAGGGGCUCCUAGAGGCUGGGCUGGGCCAGACUGGGUGUCAGGGCUGGCCUCAGUUGCAGGAUGUUUUGAGGGUGAAGACAGUAAGGUGGUCCUACUGCCUGGGCUUUCCUACCCUUUGGGAGGGCCAAGCCAGAGCUAUUUGCUACCAAACACCUUUUUCCUAUUAACUAAGCAUACCGCCCAUCUGGGCAGGAACAAGCUGAGGGCCUGACAAGCAGGGAGCCAGGUUCCUGCCAACAACCAGAUUCCCCAUUUCUAAAGAAUGGAAAGAGCUCCUGGGAGGUGACCAAGGCCACAGCCAGCCCCUCCCUGUUGAGCACUGAAGACUGACACGCAUUACAGAGCUCUGGAGCAGCCUGCAGUGGAAAGUUGAAGCCGAGGUGUGUGGCAGGCAGAUGAGGGAGCAGAGAGCUGCUGAACAGAGAGAGACUCAGAGGACGUGGUGAAGCAUGGCUGUGACCCUGCAGUUCCUGGCUUGCCUGGUGGUAGCCAUUUGUCUCCUCUCUGUUGUGUCUACAACCCAGCACCAUGCAGGCCACAGCCUACCCCUUACAUGGCUCCCCUUGCAGCUGCUCUGGGCUGGGCUGGAGCUCGAUGUCAUGGGGCAGCUGCAUAUCCAGGACGAGGAACUAGCCUCCACACACCCAGGCCGCCGACUCAGGCUCCUCCUGCAGCACCACGUGCCCAGUGACUUGGAGGGCGCUGAGCAGCGGCUGCAGCAGCUCCAGGACCUGCGAAAGGGGCCUCCUCUUAGCACUUGGGACUUUGAACAUCUGCUCCUCACGGCCCUGUCCUGCAUCUACCGGCUCCACGCAGCUAGUGAGGCUGAGGAACGGGGCCGCUGGGCCCAAGUCUUCACUCUCCUGGCACAGGAAACACUCUGGGACCUGUGCAAGGGUUUCUGCCCCCAGGACCAGCCCCCUUCCCUGGGUCCCUGGGCCUCCGUCCUUGACCCCUUCCCCUGACCCUCCCCUUUUGCUCUUUCACCUGCCAUUACCCCCUCCCCUCUCCCCCUCAACUCCCCAGGCAGACCCAUCUUGGGCAGGGGCUUCUGUCUGGCACCUAGUUCUUUUCACUGUGUUCAGAUCUCUGGGCUUGGCUUGCGACAUCCCCUCCCUGCUUACCCUGACCAGAUCUUGUUUCUUGGAUCUUGAGAGGCUAAGAACCCAGGCUUUGGGUUCCAAGGAUUAGGCACAGAGCUAAGGGCAUGACAGGCAGGCAGGGGUGUGUGGACAUCAGGAGUCAGGUUUGAGAAGUGUGUUCAAGAGAUGCUGAAAGGGAAGCUGUCCCAAGUAAGGCCAGGUCAGAUCCUCCAACUGCUACCCUGGCAGUCUGUGACGGUCCUGUGGAAUUCACAGGAAUCCUCUAGGUGCUGAGCAUCCCCUUUUAAGCACAACCAAGGAUCUGGGGUCCCCGAGCCUCCAAGUUCCCAUCUGGGUUGGGAGAAUAGAUUAGACUUGAGCUCUGUCUGUUGGAGGAGUGGAGGGAAGCAGGCGGAGGGAGGCAGUAUCUCAACAAGUGUCGAGUGAACACCUCAGAGGAGGGAGUAAGGCUGGGAGAAGACCAAGGAGAGACAAGCGGAGGUGGGCUGGAGCAGGUGCGGCCCUGAUUCUGUGUUGCUCUUCUCAUUAAAUGUUCUGUUUCGGCC